GUUGAGGAGUCUUUUCUCUUUGGACCGGAGGGUGUCAGGGAGCCCUGAGCCUCCUACAAAGCCACUUUGAGAAGGCAGCGUGGAACUUCUAGGUGGACCGGAGCAUGGAACAUAUCCACGACAACGACGCAAGCUCAAGCAGCAGCCAACAAGGCCUCAUGAGCACCGCCAGGUGGGCCACCUCCUUGGAGAAUCUUCUGGAGGAUCCGGAAGGCGUGACAAGAUUUAGGGAAUUUCUGAAAAAGGAAUUCAGUGAAGAAAAUGUCUUGUUUUGGCUAGCAUGCGAAGAUUUCAAGAAGGUGGAGGACAAGAAGCAGAUGCAGGUAAAGGCCAGGGAGAUCUACAUGACCUUCCUAUCCAAUAAGGCCACUUCGCAAGUCAACGUGGAGGGGCAGUCUCGGCUUACUGAACAGAUCCUGGAAGAACCGCACCCUCUGAUGUUCCAGAAGCUCCAGGAACAGAUCUUCAAUCUCAUGAAGUAUGACAGCUACAGCCGCUUCUUGAAGUCCGACUUGUUUCUGAGGCAUGGGCGAACCGAGGAAGAGGAAGAGGAAGAAGAAGAAGAAGAAGGAGAAGAAGAAGAAGAAGAAGAGAUUCCCGACACUCAGACUGCGGCUAAGCGAGCUUCCCGAGUUUACAACACCUGAGCCCUGAGAGCCGAGACUCCCACGGAACAGAGGGAUUAACUCUUGGAACUGUGCAGGGUUGUCAUUGUCUUGUCGUUUGAAUGUUAGAGGACUGAAGUGUGCAAGACCUUCCGCGGGAGGUGUGUGUCCCAUUACCCCUUGCAUGCUUAACAUUCCAUUAAAAA